AUGGGGAAGUACCGCGUCCACUGGUGUUAUUUUCCCUUUCGAAAACUCACCCGUAACUUUAGGAGGUGCUCUCCCUCCAAAAGAACUUUGAUUAUAGCGAUUCUGUGUUUGAUCAACUUGUUAUUUUUGGUUUUAAAAGUUGGGCUUUUAGAGCAACCCCGGAGCAGAAGGAGUAACGAGGAGCAGAAGCGGAACACCCGCGGCGAGCAUCACUUAGACGGUGAACUACCGGCCACUUCUGACCUGCAAACCCAAGCUAGUCUGGAGGUCCCGACCCUGUUUAAUGUGGUCUACGUAACACUACAGUUCAAGCGUCUUAAACCAGCAAAUAUUCGAGGUACAUUCCGACCAAAGCUGAGAAAGAAAGUGAGAAGAAAAACAAUCCAUCCAACAAUUACGCAGCGCAAACGAUUCAGCGUGGAACGGGAAACGGGCCAAGCAAACCGCAGCACUGGACUUAAGAGAUCGAGGAAAGGGGGAAGUCUUGUGGACUUCUCCUUAAAGUAUUAUAACGAUGGAACACACCCUCGUUUUAGUAGCAUCCGAAUUUACAGCGAAAUGGCACCUCCGUGGUUCAGCGCACAGGACGUGAAAAGCAUGCGCUUUCUUGCAGAUGCCAAAGUUUUGCGCAUAAAAGAAAUCCCUCGUUUGGACGCACCGUCCCUCGUGAUAUUUGAGGGUGCAGACAUGGACCGUCUGGUCAGCAAAAAACACUUGAAUAGAAAUAAUAUAUGUGGAGGCCAGUGCGGAAUUAUCCACUGCUCCCUGGGAAACACGGAGGUAUUUGCUUUCCAUUUGGACAGGGUGCUUGGUCUCAAUAGAACAAUACCUGCGGUAAGCAGAAAGUUUAGCUUUUUGAACGAUGGCCAGGCCUGCCAGGUGGUUCUAUGGGAUGUAUCGCUGCACCCUAAAGACCUUGCUGCAGGCCCAGUUACAGUGAGGAUGACAUGGAGGGAGUACCAGAACUUACUGACACAGAGGUGUUGGCAAAUAAAUGUCAAUCCAAAGUCCAACUCUGGAUGCUCUUCAAUUUAUCACAGUGAAUGGAGCAAAUUAGCUCUUUUUGACUUUUUGCUACAGAUUCACAACCGUCUGGAUCCGAGCUGCUGCGGAUUCAGACCACGGCAGGAGGACGUGUGUGUUCAAACGGGCCGCCGUGAUGUGUGUAAGGACCAGGAAAACAUACAACUGGCAAACAUCGUGCACAGGGAACAUGACCUCAGGCGCCUGGUCUUCACCAACAACAAAGGGUUCUUUGACCACAAUGAGGACAAUCUGGACUUCAGGCUUCUGGAAGGAAUCAAGGAGCUGCCAGAGCAGGCUGUGUCUGUGUUGAGGAACAGGAAGCUGAGGGAAAAACUUCUCCAGUCGCUCUUCCUGGACCAGAUGUACUGGGAAAGUCAGGGCGGCCGACAGGGCAUCGACAAACUGAUCGAUGUGAUUGAGAAGAGAGCCAACAUCCUCCUCAGCUACAUCAGUGCUCAUGGGAUUAAAGUUAUCCCGAUGAAUGAUUGAUUUAUAUUUUAGUAAUGACGCAAUUUUUAAAUUACAUAAAUCUUAUUUAAAAUAGUAAAAUCUGCACCUAAAUUUAAACAAAUGUGAAGAACUAGAGAAAUAAUAAUUUGUUACAGAAGCUUUAAACUUGACAAAAGUCAGCUUUGUCAGACAAAAACUCUUAAGAAUGGUAAAGAAACACUCAUUUGUUAUAUAUUUUUGUGUAUAGAGUAACAAAAUAUACAACUGAGUAGCUACAGUGAUCCACAAAGCAACAAAGAGCUAAAACCCUGUGUACUAUUUUUUCUCAGAAAGGCAUAGAUGCAAACAGCUUGGCAAAGUCAUGGCUCAAUACUGUCAGCAAAGGCAGAAAAAUGAGUACUGUGGAGGAAGAAAGGAAAACAGAAAACAUCAGGCAGCUAAUUUCCAUGAAAGCAAUAGAGAAAUCCUUGGCUUGGGAAUCCUCUUGCACAAUGUUUCACACAGCUCCUUUCACUUUUCGGUUUACCUUUUUAUCUUGUGUGAUUUUUUACUUCAGUUCAUAACUUUUACUCAUUUUUAUGUAGUUUCAAUGAAAUCACACUAAAAUUGGUAAAAUGGACAUUAAUGGGGUUAAUUUUUACAGUCCAAGUUUGACGUUCCUGUAUAAUUGAACAGAAUAUUUCCACCUAGAAUACAACAAUACAUGUUGUUAUUGCAUGGAGAAUUUUUCAAUUUUCUCUAUAAAGAUGCAGAAGUUUUUCUGUGUAUAAGAUUAUGACUAGCAUAAACAACAAAUGAGCAAAUUGUUGUUUUAGUUUUAGCAAUAAAACUAAAAAGCAAAGUCAGAAAUCAUUUAUAUUCUGCUGUUUGGGCCCUGAGAGAUUAGACGGAAAGUUGUUUGUUUGGAUUUGUGCAUUAAGCCGCCUGUUGUUUUGACCUGCUCACCUGAAUUAGAUAGAGUGGAUUCCAUGACUUGUUGUGUUUGUGUUAAAAUGACCCCUACAGUUUGAAGACAAACUCUUCUCACAUAUACUCUUGUAUUAUCUCACCAGAAGACACAGACUAAAGAUGUGACCUACAUGGGUGAAACAUUUGAAGCUUACAGAAACAAAAAUAGACAAGGUGAGGGGCUGGACCUUUACUGAUGGUUUAAUUCUCCACUUGAACUCACUCCCCUUCAGUAAAACUACAUUGAUCUAAAUGCCUUAUGCAGAGUUCUGCUGACCUCAACUGCAAGAUGAAUGUCAAAAGCAGCUGAACAUCUGUUUGAUGUUCAAAUGAAAGAACAAUGUGGGGAAUCAAAUAUAAAAGAACUGUAUAAUACACAUAGCACAUAGUUUAGCUUUUCCUCUUUCUUGAAACAAAGGUCUGAAAUAAUAAUAGCAAAACCUUUUCCUCUGAAGAAAUUAGAAUUACAUUCACAAAACAAAACUUCACAUGAGUAUGAGUUAGCUUGUGCCCUUUUUAUCCCUACUGGGUCAUUUUCAACUUUAUCAAUUCUGCUUACUGCUAUUGUUUUCUGUUAUCUUUCUAAUAAUACAGAAAAUACCACAACAGACAGAAUAACAAAGCAGCCUGUGUUUAUUUCAGGGACAUGCCACCCACUGUUUACUUUCAUACUUUGAUACAGACGAUCGCUGAGUUCUUUCCAAGAAAAAAUGAUCAGCAAAAACUAUAUGUGUCACUUCCAAGUAAGCUGAGUUGAUAGAAACAUUCAACAACUAUGUGCCUGCCAAGGUUAGUACAAAUGGUUUUCUCUCCAGUUUUUUUAUUUUUUUUUUAGGAACAAACAUUUCUAAAAGCAUUAUGUGGAAAGGAUGUGAGAUUUCAUACUGAGGAGACUCAAAAGAUUAUGCACUUUUCCUUCAAAGAUCAAGUUAUCCAGAGAGUUUUGUAGCGGUAAAUUGGUGUGGAGCACAGAUUUCUACUCAUCUUCAAAAAACAGUCUCUUCACUGCAAAUAACUUUGGCCCAUGAAUUAGAUUUAAAAGCCAAAUCAAAGGAUGAGGGAAGAGAACUUAGUUUGUGAAUCAGAUACAACAGAUAGCUGAGGUGUUUUGUUUGUCAGUUUAAAUUGGAUCAGAAGUUAACUUUUAUAGCAGUUUUACUUUUAAAGUCAUUGGCUGAUGUCUGUGAAUUAUUUUAGUAGCAUCUAUUGUCUCAAAGUGGUAUCCAUACAUGCUUAGCCAGGAUAAUUAGAUGAGUUAUUUUUUAUGAGUCUGAGCCAACUGAGUGAGACUGUCUGACAGAACAAAGCAUUGUCUUCUCAUAUGUUGAUUUUAACUUUGGUAAUAGAUGAUGCACUUGUACUGAUAAGGUCUUACAAAGUGAACUAGAAAAAUGUCAACAUGAAGUUAGAUAAAGUCAAGCCACAGCUUGUUUUACUUCCAGCUGAACCUGCACAAGGCCUGGAGAUGUGCUGAUUCAGACCAAACAGGAGCAGAAAUUAUGUUAAAAUUUGCUUUUGGGAGACAUGCUUAUCUGUAGAAUAAUAUAAUUUAUUUUUCUUCAAGUUGA